GCUCCAGUCCUCAGAGCAGCAGGCGCCUCAGUCAGCGCAGCUCUCUCCUGCCGCCUCGGAGGGAUUGGAGCUGGACACACUUUCUUGGAUGUAUCUUCAUCUCGCCAAGAUGAGACUUAUUUUUGUUGCAGUUGCGGUUGCGGCUUUGCUGGCAGAAAAUCUAGCGCUUCCAGUGGGAAAAGAAGGACAGAGAGAAGAUGUGGUUACACGCUGUUUGGUCGAAGUCCUCUCCAAAGCUCUCUCCAAACCGGACUCCCAGCUGGACCAGGAAUGCAAAGACAUUCUCCAAGCAGGGAUCAAACAUGCCCCGCUGGACAAGAAGAGCGGGGAGGGGAUUGUAGUUCAUGAAGAGGCGGUCAAAGGUCAUGCUGAGCAGCCUGAGGCAAAGGGAGCAGACGUAAAAGACAUCGAGGCACUUCUGAAAUCCGUCGAGGAAAAAAGAGAAACCUCAGAGGACGAACGCAGCCAAGAGUCCUGGAAUCUGGGUGACGAAAAGGAGAAGAGACACGAGAAUGAAGUAGAAGAAGAACGGGAGAAGAGGAGCAGCUGGAGGCCCAGAUAUCACCAAAAGAAACACAAACGGGGAGAGGAAGAAGAAGACAACGAGCGCAGUCAGGAGAGUUGGGCGUCCAUAGAGAAGAGAUCAGAAGAGGAAGGUGACGAGAGAGAGAAGAGGAACUGGAGACCUGGAAGAUACCACCAAAGAAAACACAAAAGAGACGAGGAACCUUUAGGGGAGGAGAGGGAGGAGCCAGAAGAAGAACGCAGCCAAGAGUACUGGGACUUCGAUACUGGAAGAGAUAAGAGAGAAUGGAGGGCCGGCAGGUACCACCAGAGGAGACACAAGCGUGAUGAGGAGCUCUCGGAGGAGGAAAGAGAAGAGCCAGACGAGGAACGCAGCCAGGAUUCCUGGGGCAUUGACAAAAGGCACGGUGACGAGGAUGAGGAGGAGAGAUCCAAGCGCAUAUGGAAGCCCACACAUCGCUACCACCACAAGAAGAAGUUCCACAAACGUGGUGACGAACCAUCAGAGGAGUACGAAGAUGGCGAGCGCAGCCAGGAAUCCUGGGGUGUUGACAAGAGAGAGUGGAGGGCCGGAAGGCACCACCAGAGGAGACACAAGCGUGACGAGGAGCUCUCCGAGGAAGCCAGGGAAGAACCUGAUGAAGAACGCAGCCAGGAAUACUGGGACUUUGACACCGGAAGAGAUAAGAGAGAAUGGAGGGCCGGAAGGCACCACCAGAGGAGACACAAGCGUGAUGAGGAGCUCUCAGAGGAGGAAAGAGAAGAGCCUGACGAGGAACGCAGCCAGGAGUCCUGGGGCCUCAACAAAAGACACGGACAGGACGAUGAGGAAAUAGAAAAGCGCAUAUGGAAACCAACACACCGAUACCACCAUAAAAAGAAAUACCACAAGCGUGGCGGGGGCUCAUCAGAAGAAGACGAAGAGCAGAGAAGUGAUUCAGAGGAAUACGAAGAACCAGCAAAGGACGGGGAUGAAGCAAUUAGGUAUCUGGCAGAGAAGCGCAAUCCCUGGAUUUUCAGAGGUUUCUACCAUCCUGCAUGGUACAAAAGGGAUUCAGACGGGCACGCUGCAACCUCAAACAAGAUGGACGAACUGGCCAAGUUGCUGAGCUACAAGAUAAACCAGCUGUCCAGCCACUCUAAUCAAGAGGAGCCAAAGAAGAUUGUGCACCAGAGAGCACUUACCCCGCAGGAGGAGAAAGAGCUGGAAAACCUGGCAGCGAUGGAUGCAGAGUUGCAGAAAAUCGCCACCAAACUGCAUGACAACAGUGCAUAACCCAGCACGGACACCAUUUCAAGACACUGUCAGUGGAUAAAGCUGCUGUCUUACUAUAUGUCAGCCAAUUUAAUGUGCUUACAGUGUUAAAAAAAAACAAAAAAAAUGACCGGAGCCUUGCUGAAAACAUUUUAUCAACUUGUUUAUGAUCGUAUUUGUGAUAUUUUGGUGUUAUCGAAUUAAGCCGCAUGGGAAUGGUUUUGAUGUUUAUAUAGAAAAUAUGAGAUUAUAAUAUAUAUAUAUAUAAUGAGAUAAAUUAUUAAAACUGUGUUCUGAAGAAUUCUGCACUCAAUAAAAGAAGUUAUUCUGGGACCAAG